AUGCAUUCGAUACUCCAUAAUCAAUUUUCAGAACUCACAAAAUUGGCAAGAAAAUUCAAUUGUUUCUACCUAUCAGGGUUACACCAAGGAAUAUGUAAACCAUUUAUAGUCGCAGGCCAUCAAGUUGGUCUAAUUCGUCCUGAUGUUAUGAAAUAUCUUCAGAGAUUUCCAGAGGUGUUUAUUGUUACUGGAAAAUUUGUUGAAUUAAAUCCAGCCUUUAGAGGUUAUAAAGAGAGAACAUCCAAAGUAGCUGAUGUGUUACAGUCUCUACGUAAAGAAAAUGAAAUUUGUGCUUUAAAGGGCUGGCGAGAUGAGUGUUUUGAAGUGAGUACUCCAUUUUACCAUGAAAGUCUUUUGGAAAUGGAUAGAAGUGCUAUAUGCCUUUUUGGUAUAAGGAAUUAUGGAGUUAGUGUUAAUGGUUAUUUGACUCAUCCCACAAAAGGUCUUUGUAUUUGGUUACAACAAAGAAGCUUUACGAAGCAAACAUGGCCAGGAAAGUGGGAUUGUUUUGUCAGUGGAGGAUUAGCAGUAGGAUAUGGAAUUCUUGAAACUGCAAUUAAAGAGGCAGCAGAAGAGGCCUCCGUUGUAGGUGAUUUGGUUAAAAAGUUGGUACCAUCAGGUUGUGUCAGCUUCUUCUUUGAAAGUGAAAGGGGAUUAUUUCCAAACACUGAAUAUGUGUACGAUCUAGAACUUCCUAUCGAUUUUGUGCCACAAAAUGCUGAUGGUGAAGUCGAGAGUUUUGAACUGUUAACUGCUGAAGAGUGUAUCCAGAGGGCGCUCAGCCCACAGUUUAAGACCACUAGUGCUCCCGUUUUACUUGACUUUUUAAUAAGGAAAGGAUAUAUUAAUCCUGAAAAUGAGCCCCACUAUCGGCAUAUUGUUGAAUUGCUUCAUGUUCCUCUGCAGAGCAUUUACAAGUGGCCAUAUACUGAUAUGACCACCAAUGGUGAUGGCAAGGAU